AAAGGAUCGACAAAAGCCCGCCGAUGGAUGUCUCCGUUCUGCUGUUUGUGAUGGCGUCGCUUCUUUGGGAGCGACUGGUUCUGGCAUCUGACUACUUUAUAAAUAACAACGACGAAACCUGGGCAGAAACCCAACUCUACUGUGAGCAGAACAACGGCAAGAUCCUCAUUCUCGACAGUGCGGAGAAAUGGGAAAGCUUCAAACUUGACCCAGUGUAUACGGUUAGCCAGGGAAACGGUAACAAGUAUUGGGUUGGCCAUGCGUGUGGAGGGUGUACCAAUGAGAUGUGGUGUACAGGCUGUCCAGACAAUGACUGUGUGGAACUGAAAGGGGGCGAGCUUAAACGACAUCCCGACUGCACGCAUGUGCACAAAGCUAUUUGUGAAAAAGUUGCCACGACAACCACGAGUUCAACUACGACGUCCACUAGUACAACUACAACAACAACACCUGUUGUUACAUCAACCACUUCGACUACGACUGCAAUAUCACCUGUCGUUACCACAGCGACAUCAACUACGACUACGACAUUACCUGUCGUUACCACAGCGACAUCAACUACGACUGCUAUAUCACCUUUCGUUACCUGGGCAAAAUCAACUACGACAAAUGUUUCACCUGUCGUUACCUCAAUGACAUCGACUACAACUGCAGUGGCGUCUCUUGGUACGUCAACAACGUCGAAUGUGGCGCAAACUACCACAAAUGUCUGUUGCUGUUUUAGACCAAACAGCACAAAAGUUCUAGACGAUGUGGAAUUACAGGAGGCCUUACAGAAACUGAAGUCUGAGCUCCUUGUGAAGAAAAAUGCCACGUCCCUCUACCGACGUCAAUUCAUCAGCGUGUACGAAUCACGUGCCAGUAGCGUUACAAUCGGAAGUGUGUCUAUCGUCAUUAUGGUCGUGGUCGGCAGUCUGAUCGUUGUCCCUGACAUUGGCAAACUUGUUCGAUUCUUGUGCAAAGAUAAGAAGCAAGUAGUUG